AUGGACCAAGCCGCGUCCAGGCGUGCAGCGUCGCUCCUGGCAUGGGCACGCCAGAACGGCGCCUACGUCUCGCCCCGAUUGACCAUGUUCACAGACCAAGGCGGCGCCGGCGCUGGGGUGGUCGCUGCGGCCGAGAUCGCGCAGGCUGAGCUUCUGAUUGCCGUUCCGCUCGAGACGCUCGCUGUCCAAGGCGACACGGCGCUCCUCUGCCACGGCGCAGGCGCAGUCGUGCAAACGCAGUCGUCCGAGUCGCCGCUUGUCUCGUUCGUCACAGUGUCAGAGAAGGGCGCUGGAGGCUACUGCGCAGCCACCGCGCGGCUCGAGCACUUGCCGCACAAUAGUGGCAAUGGCAAUGGCGCCCCUCCGUCUGUAGGAGGAAGCCCGCCCGUCGCCGAUCAAGGUGGGAACGAACUGCAACCGGCUGGACCAACAACCCAGCUUGCGCGACGGCCGUCACGCAAUGCAUCCGCGGCCAGUGGCAGGUACUCGUCAAGCUCAUCGUCCAGCUCUCACUCGAAUGCGGACAGCAGCAGCAGCAGCAGCAGGCGACCUGCUGCUUCAGCCGUUGCAAUUGCACCAGCAGCGUCCAAAAAGGAUCCAAAGUUUGGCUUUGGCGCACUGCCGGCAUUCCUGCCACAGCCGGCUGAAAAUCUCGUCGGAACGCCUUCCAUCGUCUCGUCAACGCCACCUGUUUGGCCACCCGCAUACUCUGCACGGACUCGCGAUGCAGAGGCGGCACUGGCCAAGGACGCUGCAUCGUUCAACACGCAGCGAGGCAACAACAGCCAAGGGGUGCCGCCAACGAGCUCGGAGCGGUUGACAACGUUUCUGGCAGAGCACCAGCCACCGCUGGCACCGUGGCUCCGUCUCGCACUCGUGACCAUGCACGAACUGGGUCUAGGGGCGUCGUCCUGGUAUCAUGCGUACUUUGCCACGCUCCCGUCCGAGUUUACCACGCCGUCGUACUGGAACGACGAGCAGUGGGAGCUUGCACGCGGCACCACCGUGCACCACCUGUAUCGACGCAACAUGAUUGAACAGCAGUAUGAGGAUUACGUGCGACCGCUCUUUGCCGAGUGUGCGUCCAACCCCAAGCUGGGCGCGCUCCUCGACCCCGCCAUUCACACGCUCGAGGUCUUCCGACGCGCAUCCAGCAUCAUUUCUUCUCGCGCCUUCAACUUGCAGUUGAACGAGAGGGGACUACCGCAGACGCUGCCACGGCCUGUGCUUGUCCCGCUCGCCGACCUUCUCAACCACUCCACGCGCGAUGUCAACGUGGUUGUUGAUUUGGUGAUUGGCGGACCGCCCGUCGAGCUUGCGUCCACCACCACCACCACCACCACCUCGUCCACUGAUGCAGACACAACCGUUGCUCCACCACUAGGUGCUGAUGCUGCUACUGCUACUACUACUGCAGCUGCUACUACUGCUGCUGCAGGCGACGCCGCGUCUGCUCCGUUCAACCCUCGCGCUUCAACCUACCUUGCGCUGCGCGCGCUUCGUCCGAUCGCGGCUGGGCAGGAGGUGCUCAACAACUACGGGUCGCUGGACAAUGGCGAUCUGGUGCAGCGCUAUGGCUUUGUUGAGCGGCAUGCGGCGCAUCGACGCGUCUUUAUUGAACUGUCGCUGGUAAUGACGGUCGGCGAGCGAUUGCACUUGCGCUGUGGCAGUCGGCGGUACCUGUUUGACGACAAAAAGAAGCUGCUCAAGCACAACAAUUGCUUGGAGGACGCCUACGAUCUGUGCGAUCCAGGCCAUGGCCGGAAGCUGCUGAGCGCCGUGCUGACGGUGUGCUUGAUGAAUGACCGCACCUUUACCGCCCUAGUGAACAACGUCGGGUACGAUGCUGGGCAGGAGAGCAUUCUCGUGCUUGGGCGCAGUCGAUUUCCCAGCAACCCGCCGCAGGUCAUGGCUGCCAUGGCGUUUCUCUGCGAGGCCAAGCUGCAGAGCUACACGUCGUCGCUGGUCGAAGACCUCGAAGCGCUCGAGCAGCCUGCGCUCGAUCCCGUGACGCGCGUUGUGCGGCAGCUGUGCGCCGAGGAAAAGCGUGUCGUGGCCAAGCUUGGUGUGGCCAUUCGACGACACAUCGUGGACAUGCUGGCCAAGCCUUGCGGCGAAGGCUCGUAUGGCUUUGCAUCCGAUGACCCAACCAACGGAGACAGCGACGAGUCCGAGCGGCUGGCCUCGCGCGCUCACCAACGCAAGGUUCAGUACCACCACGUUCGCAAGCUCCAAGCUGCCCGACGAGAGCGUCGUAGCACUCGGCAACAGAUCAAAUCCAAGCACCACCCUCACGCACCCGAUGGACAGCAGGUUGCUGUCAAUGGCCAUGGACAGGAGGAUGACGAGGACGAGGAUGACGAUGAUGACGAGGACGACGACGAGACCAAUAUGACCGCCAUCUCGGAUGUCGACCCAGCGGCAGCGCACCCCAGGCGUGCAUCUCAGGCUGGCUAUCAAUCCAGCGGAGCAAAGCUUGCUCGCUCGCCCAAUUCUCUCACGCGCCAGCCGUCGACUCUUGAGCGCGCGCACUCGUCCAGCUCGUCCGGGGUGCCUGCCGGUCCAAGCAGCGGUAGCGAGGCGCCAUUCUCCGACGACGCCCAACGCCGCUUGGACAAGUGGCUUUCCGACUCUGAGGGCAGCGAAUAUCGGUACGAUGACGACGGCGCAGCAUCCGCGACCGAUGACGACGACGACGACGACGACGAGAGCGACUAUGACGAGGACGACGAGUAUGACUUUUACGAAGACGAUGAAGACGAUGAUGUUGUCGAGGUGUCGUCCGUCGUUGCUCCCAUUACGAUUGCAUCCGACGACAGCGAUCCAAAUCCAAGCGCGCCAAUCGCCGCUACACCAGCCAUCAAACGCCAAGCGUCCGAGCCUGCGCAAGCUCUCGUGACCAAGCGCGCUCGCACCUCAUGA